AUGCAAGUUGUUGAUUACGAGCCAACCUUUGAUCAGCCUGCACUGGACAGUUCUUUGAAUCAACAUUUGAGCCUCGGGCUAUCCCCUGAUCUGAACAACGCUGUUGAUGAGCUUUGGCAGGAUAUUCACAGGAGCAGUCUAGAUAGGAAGGACAUUCUUGGGGAUAUGACAUUGGAGGACUUCUUGGUUACGUCUGGGGUGGUCGCCGAGUCAUCUGCCCUGAAAAUAAAUCCAGGCUCCAUUAUAUGGUUGAUCCUGCACAACGAGAUCAGUGGAAUGAAUUUCAGAUUCCUGAGAUGCAUGCACAACUGCAACAAAGCUUGCUGCUGUUUUUGUGCCUGA